AUGGAGCAGGAACGACCACUCCAACGUGCCCCGCCGCCUGCAUACACACAACACGAGCCCGAGUCGCUGCAUCUCCCUUCGGUACCGACGCAUAUCCCGAGCCAUGUCCCAGAUCAUGCAAGGCUGCCGGGCAUCAAGUCGCUGGACCUGCCCGACACCAAAACGCGUCAUACUCCGCACAACUCGAUAGAAUUCAGCCCACGGUCGCAAUACGAUGCAUCGCAAUGGGGCAGGUUGCCAAUGCCAAACAAUGCGACCAUCCCACGAGCGCCUGAUAGCCUGUCGCGCGAAGACAUAGGAAGUCCCAUGGAUACGGCAAGUGUGCGCAGUGAGAACACAGGUAGACGAGAGACGAGUGUUAGUAUGGACGAUCCGGAUGUAAGGCUGGCAGCGGAAGCAUUGAGUGGACUGGGAAAUCCAGACUUUGUUCGCUCGCCAACAGCACGAUCCCUCACGCUUUCCGCUCGAGAAUCUACAACCGAACCCCCAGAACCGCUCCUCUCCUUGAUUACGUCGAAUCACCCAUGGCUUGGGAGCGGUAUCAACGGCUCCAUCUCAGCCUACAAUACGACCAAAGGCUAUACUCCACGACUGGUCCAAUACGGUGCUGAGCUCAUUGAGCGCAACAUUGGAUCGCCAAUGGUCAACACUGUGUCAUCUGUUGGUAGAAGAACCGGUAUGGAGAAAAGUCUGCGACGCUAUCUAGGAGACAGACGACCCAGCGACCUCGAACAGGGAGAUGGCGAGAGUUCAAGAAGCAAAAGACAAAGGAUCGCCAGUCCGGCCGACGAUGCCAUGGAUGUCGACGAUGCGCUUGCAGCGGCAUCACGAACAAGAGGCGGCUCGCAAUCCUCGUACACCGAGUCGCUUCCUGCCUACGAUGAUCAGCGCUCUCCAAACUAUGAGGAAGCAGUCAUCUCUAGAGAAGUCACGUCGCAAAAAUCGCCAGAGCAACGCUCAAACACUCCGCAGGACCGUCGUGUCAACUGGUCUACACAGCUUAUCAUGACAACCUCCGGUCUUGGUGUCGCGCUGUCAGAGACAUCACUACGAUCCUUGAAGCUCUGCCUCGGUCUCCUCCGCGGCGCAACAACUCACAUUGACUCCGUCAUGCGCGCGCUCACGCUUGUCCUCGAAGAAUACGAAGCCGCCCUCAACAACCAAAGGCAGUCCAGCAGCCAAGACGAGAAGACGCAACUCAACGGCAACAUGGCCCAAAUGGGCCUCGCCGACACCACAGACAAGGAUGACCAAGUCCGCAAAAUCGCCGACCGUAUCAAGGCCCUCUCGUCGGAUAUCUGGCAGACCCUCCAAUCAGUCGUGCAAUCCGUAUCCCGCUACACAGGCGGUGCUCUCCCGCAAAACGCCCAAACGGUCGUUCGUACACAAUUGCUGUCUGUACCUCAGCGAUGGCAGCUCGCGGGACGCAACGCGAACAACGAAUAUGCGGGUGGCGAUGAGGUCAGAGGCGCGAACCGCAUGUUGGCGUUUGCCAAGGAGGGACUGGAUAUGAUGGGUCAGAUUACUACUGUUGUUGAUGGUACAGUUCAGAGUGCUGAGAGCUGGCUUGCGCGUAUUGGACGAAGGCCGCAGGGUGAGUCUAGUAGUGCUGGUGGUCAGGCACCGGAGCGGAGAGAGAAGACGCCAAUGGCGCUUGAGGCGGGGGUGCAGAUGGGUGAGAAGAGGUAG